AUGGACUGGCAGCGUUUUGGUAGGAAGGUAUUCAGAGGAUUAGCACCUAAAUGGGACUGCUUCCCAUUCGGAGGAAGACAAUCGAAAUUCGGAGAAAAACUCUCUUCAUUCUAUGUGUCGUCCUUUUCCGAUAGAUGUAAGGCAAUCGACAUAUUCAAGCUAUUUGGAUGUGUGGGGGAGGUGGUGGAGGUGGUCAUACCUCCUAGACGGAAUAAAUUCGGGAGACGGUUCGGUUUUGCUAGAUUCAAAGAAGUGGUAGACGAGAGAAUGGUGGCAAUGAGGCUUGAUAACAUAUUGAUAGAUGGGGUUAAAAUACAUGCGAAUCAACCUAGGUUUCAAAUAAAUGGGAGGAAGGAGAGUGUAUUGGUGGAUCAGAAGCAGAUUAAGGAGGUUAACUCGAGUGUUGAAAAUCGUUGGGUGGAGAAGUCUAAGACUUUUGCGGAUGUUGUGCAGGGGGGAAGAAAGAAGGAAGAACCAAACUCAAAGGAGCUAUCUUUCGAAUAUGCUUCUGGCGCUGAGCUAAAGAAUAGAUGGAAGAAGGCUUAUGUCGGCGAAGUCUUGUUCCCUGGUGAAUCUUAUAAUAUCCAGACUCACCUAGAAAUUGAAGGUUUUUUCUCGGUGAAGGUCUUCCCCAUGGGAGCAAAUCUGUGUAUUCUAGAGGAGAUGGAGGAAGGGUUUAUUAAAGAAUUGUUAGAGGGUAAAUGGUGGUGGCAACAGUGGUUCAAAUCUAUUAAACCUUGGCAUGAAAAAGUUAUUGAUGAAGCAAGGGUAGUGUGGAUCCGAGUUUAUGGUGUGCCUUGUCAUGCUUGGAGCAACGAUUUUUUUGUUUCCUUAGCAAACAGAUUGGGUGAGUUUAUAUGUUUGGACGAUAAUACGAUGUCUGGGAGUAACAUGGACAUUGCACGGUUCAUGAUCAGGGUCGAUUCUAGGUUCAAUUUACCUGAGUCCUUGAAGGUAGCAAUAGAUGGGGUUCUUUUCAACCUAAAUCUAAGGGAAGAUUCGUACGGUCCUCUAAGGAUUAACGCCCAGAGGGUACCUGCUCAGGUAAGGGAAUCGUCUUCUUCGUCGGGUUUGGAGGGAUCUAUUAAUGAAGAUAAUAGGGAAAAGAAGAAGUUAUUACCGGAGCGGUUCUUGACUCAAAGGUGGAAUCGGAGAACUUCAUCGAAGAAGGAGAGGUAG